AAUCUUUCCUCCUGUCCACGCCUCCAGGCGUAUUCUCGUGAGGACAGAGGGAGUUUCUCUCCUCCCCCGCAAACUUGUUCCAAAUGGAACUUUAAUGCAACAUCCUUUCGGAUUCUAAUUGGACGCAGUUCUAAUUGAUGCGCAGCGCGCGCCACGGAAGCGUUUGCUGCACGCCAGAGGGAGAAGGGAAGAGAAGGCGUCUCCAUUCUCCCAACAUUUACGCACCGUUACGCAUCGCGCAUGGCGGAAUUGGCGCUGAAUCCGGAAGGGUGCCGCGUCGACUGACUUCGAGCGGAGAGGCGGGCGGGUGUUUUCCGCCCUUCCUUCCUUCCUGCUCCUCCCUCGGACCAUGGGGCUUCCGAGGCACGUUGGAGUCUCCAGGAUCCUGACGGACACAGAUUGGACUGAACCAUGGCUCCUAGGUCUUGUAUUUUUCCACAUAGCUUACGUCUUCCUCACUUACCUCUCAUUUCAGCACUACCGCCUGCAAAUAGGGCACUUCCUUUCAAUCAUGACCCUGGUAUUCUGUGCAGAAUAUAUCAAUGAAAUUGCGGCUGCAAACUGGAGAUUGUUCUCGAAGCACCAGUACUUUGAUUCAAGAGGAAUGUUCAUUUCCAUAGUGUUCUCAGCACCGUUGCUGCUGAAUGCUAUCGUUAUUGUGAUUGCUUGGGUUUAUAAAACAGUGAAUGUAAUGACAGAACUGAAGACGGCGCAGCUAAAAAGGAAAGCAAGAAGAGAAAAUAAGAAAAGUCAAUAAAUAAUGGUUUCUCCUGUAAAUGUAUGUGGGAGGCGUUAUGCCAUCAUUCUUAGCAAUGUGAUGUUGAAAGA